AUGAUCACCUUGGCCUUUGCUUCCGGCUUUAUCAAGCCAACUAUCGCUCCUAUGAUCGCCGAUCAGUGUACCGUGAAGAAGCAGCACGUGAAAGUUCUUGAGACCGGAGAGAAGGUUAUCGUUGACCCUAAUGCCACAGUUGAGCGGAUGCUAUUACUCUACUAUUGGGCUGCUAAUCUCGGGGAUUUCUUCGCAAUUGCAACCACGUAUUGCGAGAAACUAAUCGGCUUCUGGCUCGCCUACAUGCUGCCUGGUAUCGUAUACAUCCUGUGCCCCGUAUGCAUGGUGUGGGCCAAACCACGUAUAACAAUGUAUCCUCCCGGAGGCUCAUCAGUGGCUGAUGGAGCCAAAGUUGUCAACCUAGUUUACAAGGAGGCCAAGGGUCUUAAGGUCAGGGACGAGCAUUGGGAGGCCGUCAAGCCCUCAAAAAUGAUGGAGAGUGGUAAAUAUGAUGCAAUUGCAGAAAGACACAAACCUGGUUGGAUAUCCUGGGACGAUCAAUUCGUCGACGAAAUGAAGACGACUCUUAAAGCUUUCCGUGUCUUUGCUCUCAUGCCCAUCUGGUACAUGGCUGAUGGAGGCACCAAUACAAUUCUCACAAAUAUGGCAGGCUCCAUGACGACGAACGGAUUACCUAACGACCUCUUGAACAAUUUCAAUCCGAUUUCUACUGUGGUCGCCAUCCCGAUAUACAACUGGAUUCUCUACCCGGGCCUUCGAAAAAGAGGCGUCAACUUCUCGUUGAUCCAGCGUAUUUCUUGUGGAUAUUUCAUAGGUGCAAUCCUCAACGCAGCCGCUGCAAUUAUUCAGUGGCAAGUCUACGAGACUAGUCCAUGUGGCUAUCAUGCUACCGAGUGUAAAGUUGGCACUGGUGUCUCUCCCUUAUCUGCCUGGCUUACCAUCAUUCCCUUCUGGUUGCAGCCACUUGGUGGCAUCAUGGUGUCUGGUAGUAUUAUGGCCAUCGUCUUCUUCACCUACGCCAUUUCGCAAGCAAUUGUGGAGAUUGCUUCGCCAGCGUUCAAGGACCCUCACUUGAUUUGGCCAUUCGUCGCUAUUGGAAUAGCCAAUCUCCUAGCUUCUUUCUUCAAUUGGUAUUUCUUCCGUAAUGUUGAACAUCGGGAAAAUACAGACUUGAACCGGAUGGGUAUUACCGAGGAGGAAGCUGCAGUGACGGACACCGGGAAAGUGUAA